CCCACACAGACUCGCACAAUGGCACCAAAGCAGGUACAGCUGAGCGAAGCGCUCGAAAAGCAGGUGGUCGCGCACAUUGACCACGCGGCGGUGCACGAUGACCACUCUCUCGCCGAGGCGACCACCCGCGCCACCGACCCCGAGAAGGGCAGCGUGCACUCGCACGGCGCCGAGGGACAGGCGUACCGCGAGGGCCUGGCGCGCGCCGAGCGCCGCCUGCUGCUCAAGCUCGACCUUGGCAUCCUGCCGUUCGCCGUGCUGCUCUACCUCUCGGCCUACCUCGACCGUGGCAACCUGGCCAACGCCCGCCUUGCUGGCCUCGAAAAGGGCGUGCUCGACAACAAGGACACCAACUACUCGAUCGCGCUUUCGUGUUUCUUCAUCACAUACAUCGUCUUCUCUAUCCCCGGCACCCUGCUCGCCAAGCAGAUCAACCCGUCGUGGUCGAUCUCGGCCGGCGCCAUGAUCUGGUCGAUUGCCGCCACGUGCCAGGCGGCCGUUAUGAACCCCGCCGGCCUGUUCGUCUGCCGUCUGUUCGUCGGUAUCGGCGAGGCCAUGUUCGGACAGGCCAUGGCCCUCCACCUCUCGUACUGGUACACCAAGGAGGACCUGGCCAAGCGUAUUGGUCUUUUCAUCUCGGCCGGCUCGCUGUCUGGCGCGUUCGGCGGUCUCAUCUCGUUUGGCGUCACGUCCAUCAAGCACGCCCCGAUCGCCAACUGGCGUAUCCUCUUCCUCAUCGAGGGCUGCCCCAGUGUGCUCCUCGCCAUCUGCGUCUUCCUCUUCAUGCCUUCCCGCCCCGAGAUCUCGCGCUACCUCUCCGAGGACGAGCGCACCCUCUGCCUCACCCGUCUCAACCGCGAGAACCUCCAGGACGGCUCAAUGGGCAUCGACUGGCGCGGCGUCCGCCGCUGUCUCACCGACUGGAAGACGUACGUCGUCAGCAUCAUGUACUCGUGCAUGAACCUCACGCUUGGCUCGGUCGGUGGUUUCCUUCCGACCAUCAUCAAGGGCUUUGGAUACUCGAACGCCCGCGCCCAGCUCAUGACCGUGCCCCCUUACGCCGUCGCCCUCGUCUUCAUGCUCCUGUUGACGACCUACUCGGACAAGGUCCAGUCGCGCGGUAUCCCCGUCAUGGUGCCGUUCACGCUCGGCAUUGUCGGCUGGGCUGUCCUCCUCGCUGUGCCCGUGCUCCACGCCACGCACGCCGAGUUCUCCGGCCGCUACUUUGCCUGCAUCUGCAUCGUCACCGCCGGCUACACCAACAUCCCGCUCAUCAUGGCUUGGCAGUCGGGCAACACUGGUAACCAGUCCCAGCGUGCCACUUCGCUCGGCAUGCUCAACUCGCUCGGCCAGUGCCUCUCGCUCGCGGCCGCCUUCCUCUUCCCGUCCAAGGAGGGACCCCAGUUCCGCAAGGGCUGCAUCGUCAACCUCGCCUUCCAGAGCGCAGGCCUCGUCAUUGCGCUCAGCAUGACCCUCUACUACCGCUGGGAGAACAAGCGCCGCGACCGCGUCGAGGGCGGCCGCCCUCCCAAGGGUACUCCUCUCAACGUGCUCGAGGAGCACGACCUUGCCACUGGAUUCCGCUACGUUGUGUGA